UUUGUAUUCUAAUAUGCAUUUUUAAAUAUUUAAUAUAAUAGCACUCUGUGAAAUUACUCAUAUACAAUAUUACUAUCUUUCUAAACUCUAUCAGACAUAUUUUACGAAUUUUACUUUUUUUACUUUAUGUUUCUUUCACUUUAUCUUACACUGAAAAAAAAGAACAAUAGCAGAAACCAUAAUCAAUGAUGUUUUUUGGCGUCAAAUAUUUUUCUAAAUGUUCUAUGAUAACUAUAUAAUUGGCUAUAUGUUUCGUAAUACUAUACGUAAAAAAAAUUAUUAUUGCUAACAUUACACUAACAAUUUCUAUAGAAUUAUCUAUUAAAGUAUCGUGACUAUAAUUGUUAUACCAUGCAAUUAUAGUUCAAAAUAUAUCAAGCACUUUUCUUUCAGUGUAUCAUGGUUUCUUCUAUAUCUUUUCAGUGCAAAUUACUGUAAUCGUUAUUAUAUGCCUUUCUCUGUUAUAAAAAUUAAGAACUAUGUGUUGCAAAUGUAUGUUUUACUAUCAACAAAUAUUUUUUUCAGAAUUUUUUUUUCUGUAUAGAAAAAUAAAUAUGAUAUUCCAAAAGCUUUUAACAAAUGUCGAAAUAAUGUUAAUCGCUACAAUAGCACUUUGCACUGCUAUCAAUACUGAAAAUGACACUGCAGUUCAUUAUCAUUUAUCGGAUUACAUAAUACCAUUGCAUUACGAUGCUAAUUUAAGAUUUGACUACAAAAUAAACGAUAUUAUUGGUAAAUGUAAUAUAACUAUAGAUAUUAAUCGUCAAAUAGAAAAUAUAACUCUGUAUCCAGUGACUUUCGCUAUAAUGAAGAUUGUUUUGUAUGACAACCUUCUUAGUCAAAAAGUUCACAUUCCAAAGUAUUCAUUUAAUGAACUAAACAUGUUUAUAAUUGAUUUUACCAAGACGCCAAAACUACAAAAAUUUUUACCACCCGGAAGAUAUACUUUAAUGAUAGCAUAUAUGCGUCACCUAAAUAAUAACAAAGAAUACUUUAUUCAAUCUUUAUUCUCCGAUAAAACACUGGACAACAUGUUAAAUGUGAAAGGUUUUGAUAUAAUGAUUGCUCGACAACUAUUCCCAUGCUGGGACGAGAUAGCACUUAAUUCCACAUUUAAAAUUUCUAUCAUGCAUCAUAAAAACUACACAGCUUUAUUAAAUAUGCCUAUACAAACAACAGAAAAUGACAAACGUGACAUGAUGUGGACACAUUUUGAGAAAUCACCUACAAUGUUCAUUCAACAUAUAAAAGUUGUGAUAACUACAUUCGUUAACAUUUCUACUUCGGUUGCAAAUGUUACAUUUUGGAGUAGAAGAAAUGUAACAAACCGUUUGAAAUUAGUGAAAUGUAUUGCCCAACAAGUUCUAUACUUUUUGAAACGUGAAAAUACUAUAGACAAAUUACCAAAAAUAGACUAUGUUGCAUUCUGGGAUACUCAACAUAAUAACAGUGUAACAUGGGGACUGAUUUUACAAAGGUAAUAUUCAGAACUAAAAUGAAUUAAUACAAAAUGUAAAAUUAUUGCAUAAUUUAAUUUUAAAACUGAAAUAUAUACAUAUUUUUAUGUCACAAUGUAUAAAUUAGGAAAUAGCUGAAAUCUAUAGAAUUUUACUUGCGUCACAUUAAGAAGACAUCAUUGUCUUCAGUUUAGAUCAAAAUUUGAAAUAAUCAUUCUUUAUGUCAAAUCGGAUUAUAAUUUAGCUUUAGUUUUAAAAGCAUGCAAAAUAAUUGUGCGUUUUAGGUUACACAA